UAUCACAGUGUUCAACGUUUCAUCCGUAUAAUACUUAUACAACUAGACACUAACAAUAUUUAAGUAAGUUUGAUUUAUAUUCUAACUGCAUGGCAGUAAACUAUAAAAAGUGUUUUCGAACUUAUGAAAAUGAAAAGUUUGACAGCAAAGUAACAGUUGUUACGGAUGAAGAUGAUGAUCAAUCAGAUUAUGAAGAAAUUGCCGAAUGUGUUGAUUAUCCGUCGGAGGAAAAAAAGAAUCAAAACAAAUAUACAGAUUGGAAUAAAUGUGAUGCAAGUAAAUCUACUAACUCAGAAAACAAGAGAAAAGGCAAUGGCGACAGAACUGAAGGGAAACAAGACUUUGACUUAAAACUACCUAGUAAACAGAAAGUGAAAAAUGUGAAAGUUGUAAGCAAAACAUGGAGAACCGCAUGUGUAUUAUCCGCCUUCCUUUGUGUUGGGCUAAUGUCAGUUGUUGCUGUACUAUUGUGGUUGAUGCUAUCAACGAAGGGGUCUCCUUGUGAUCAUGUGCAAUGUUUUCAUGAUGGAAAUUGUUCAGUUUCCAGAGACAUUGCUUUCUGCACUUGCCAUACAGAAUUUAAUGGAUUAAGAUGUGAAGGUACUCCAUGCGUUAACUUUAGCUGUGACAAUGGUGGGACGUGCUUUCUUGAUGAAUUUCAGCCAAAAUGUGCGUGCAAAAAUGGUUUCACUGGUGAAAAUUGUACAAUAACGCCAUGCUCAAAAUCCCCAUGUGAACACGCUGGGGCUUGUUCUGUGACAGGUUCGGAUUUUUCUUGCUCGUGUUUAAACGGAUUCACAGGAAUACAAGGUGAAAUUUAUGAAGCUGACUUUGAGAACAACAUGGGAUCCAUGUUUAUUCAGGAUCUCAGUGACGAACACAACUGGAUAGUACAUUCGAACUCAACACCUAGUAAAGCGACUGGUCCGUCUUCAGCAUACAAAGGGGAUUACUACUUAUAUUUCGAGACAUCAUCUGUUACUGACGGAUCUGCUGCAAGAUUGCUAUCACGGGACUUCAUUUUUGAAUCUUCUGGAUGUCUAAAGUUUCAUUACCACAUGUAUGGUUCUAAAAUGGGUGCCUUAAGCGUAUAUCAAGAAAGCAUACAAAUUUGGAGGAAAGCCGGAAAUCAAGGAAAUCAAUGGCAACUUGCCGAAAUUAGUCUGCAAGCUAAUAACUUUAGUAGCUCAAAGAUAUCGUUUGAAGCAGUCCGUGGUACAGGUUACAGAAGUGAUAUUGCCAUUGAUGACGUUCAAGUACUUCUAUCGGGCUGUUGAAAUUUUUCAAUUCAUCUGGAUAUUGUUAUUGAUUGGACUAUAUUCCUUAUGGGUCGUCAAUCAACAGUUGUUUUGCGAGAGGCUCAAUACAGCAAAUACUAUUUACUCUGUGUGACGUUUAGAAAAUACAACGAAUAUGGAAUGCAAGAUGAAAUAUACAUUAUAUCCCUUUUCAGAGUAUCGUAAAUUAAAAAAAAAACUCUCGGUCACCUUAAUCAAAACAUAGCCACAUACAUCAAUGUAUAGGUUAUCUAUUUUCAUGUUGUGAUUUAUGAGAUCAUUUAUUCCAAAAACUUGUCCUUGAUAUGCAACAAUGAAAGGCCUAUUUAAUUUUGUUUGUGUCAAGGUGACUUCGUACAUUGUAGAUAACUCAUAGUUUGGUAAUGUUAUUUGUAUUAUAUUUCAAAAUUUGUUUGAAUAGCCGUCUGUUAUUUUCUUUAUUUCAAUGCAUUGACAAAGAUUUGAUAAGUAUUAUCUCUUUUAUUCUGUAUGCAUUAUACUGGUUCUGA